AUGGGUUUUGCACGCACGAUGCUCACGGCACUCUUGCUGAGCGUCUGGGUAAUGGUCCACGCGGUCUACGUCGCAAAUGUCGACAGAGGAGCAGAGGAUCAACUGCUGCCUCUUCGUGUUCCUUCGGUGUUUCGCAUGCGCUGGUUUCGGACCUUCGUGGAGACUCACAUGGACGUCGAGAGACUCAGAGUCGAGGCGCCUCCGACUUCGUCUUUCUGGACUUCUUUCGCGAAGAAGGGAUCUCUCAGUUCUCCCCGCAGUUUCUAUGACGCAGGCAACAACCACGCAGAAGGAAAGCCAUGGCAACGUCCUCUCUCGUGGAUAGUUUCUGCGAUGACCAUGGCGGAGUUCGUCUCUUUCAUGUACUUCGUCUGGGCGAUCAUAUGGCGAACGGUUCUCCGACCUGUAACUUUUGUUCUCUUUUUUCUCGCUCUUCUAGUCCUCGUUUUCUACUGCGUAAAGGGCUACUACUUUGUCAUCGGACCUGCGCUGUUCCAGCAGCGAGAUCCAGCGGUGUUGCCUUACCUCAACGCAGUGGACGACUUUCUGCAAGACGCAUUGUCUUCUCUCUGGGGAUGGAGCGACAGCUUCUUGAGUUGGAUUGAUCGUCUGUUCGCAGUGCUGGUCACGCCCGCCUCCGUGCUCGAAAAGGAACAGAGCUUGCAUGCAAAGGGUGAAGGCAUCGAGGCAGAGAUUUUCAGUUUCCUGCAAGCCGCGAAGCAAAGUCUGUAUGCAGUAUUCACAGGCGGCCACAACCUCUCACAAGGACAACAGAGAAGUUCGUCUGACCUGAAAUCGAAUUGGUUUCUCGUCAGUUUUCUGUUCUCGGCGACAGAAUCUGAAAGAACGAGUCUCGCGACCGCAUCGCCUCCCUUCUCGUUUCCCCCUCGAGUCGAAGCCGUUCUCUCCACGGAGCAGACAACGCUUCCACCUGCCCUCACUCACACUUGUGUUCCAGCGUUGAUAUCUGCGGUGUUUCCGAGUUUCUUUUCUCUUUAUUCAGACAGCAGACGAGUGACGGAACCGAGCACGCGUCGCUGCUUUCUCGCGAAUCUCCUCAGUCUCUUCUCCGGUUUCCACCUCCGCGCCUGGAGCUCCCUGAUUUUCAAAAACCGACGCCACGACCAAUGCGUCAAAGCAGUCAGAGCGCGAGUGGCGACGCAUGCAAGGAAGCGCGCGCAGACGAUUCCGGAGGUGUGUUGA